AUGAUGAUAAAAAAUUUUUAUAAAUUUUUCAUUUUAUACUCCUUAUUCAUGACAUGUCUCACUAAAAAAAUGUUAUUUAUUAAUUUUUUUAACGAAAUUAAUGUAAACUAUAACAAAAAGAAGGACAUAAAUAAAAUAUGCAUGAAUAGACUAACUAAUACAAACAAGGGAUAUACUACGAAUAAAGAAUAUAUAUCAAAUAAUGCACAAAAAAACAUAUGUACAAUAAAUUAUGGACAAACAUAUUCGAAUAUAUUAAAUGAUGAAGAGAAAGAAAAAAUAUUACAACAAUAUAUAUAUACAUUAUCCCAUUUAUCUAUUAUAGAUAUAGAUAGAGAAAAAGAUAUAUCAUUAAAUAUAUCUUUAUUAUUAAAAGCAUGUUUGGCUUCUCAUAAUUAUAUUAAAAAUGUAGAAAUAUAUACAAGUCAAAUAAAAAAUCAAGAUAUAUGCUCAUUUAUUUAUGAAAACAGAACAGAUUUCGAGGAUUUUGUAAAUACUCAUAUUUUGAAAUACAUCGAAUUUUUUAAUAAAGACAAAAUAGAAGAUACACUUCAAUCAUAUAUUAAAGACAAGAUUUUAUAUGAUAAUGAAUUAAAUAUAUUCAAUAUAAUAAAAAAUAAUAAUAUAGAAUUAAGAAAAGAUAUAUUACAAGAUAUAUCAUUUGAAUGUAUAAGACUUAAUAAAAUUAUUCAAUAUUCUCUUGCAGUUAAUAAAUUAGAUUUAUUUUCUUAUCAUAUCAUUUUUAAAAUAUUUAUGUAUUUCAAAACAGACCAAUUUUAUUAUCAUCUAUUCUUAAAUAAUAUUCAAAAAAUCAAAUAUUACUAUUCUAUAAAAAAUAUAACAGAUCAACAUAAAGAAAUUAUAUAUAAAAUUGUUGACAAGUAUUUGUACAUUAUUCACUAUAUGAAUAAUAUGUAUCAAAAUAGAGACAUCAAAAAUGUAUAA